AUGGAUAGAAGGUCUGCUAGAAUAAAAGCAGAGUUAGAAAGAUAUGGUUGGAGAGUUUCAAAGAAGUUUAAAUAUAGGAAGGGAAGACCCAUAAAAGUCUAUGACAAAUUGUCUGGUCUUCGCUACGAAAUGGACUUAGAAACAGCACGCGCAAAUUAUCCAAACAGACUAGAGAGGUUAGAAGAAGAACGUCUUAUGGACAUGCCUUUCGAUGUUAGUGAACCUCAAGUUGAAGGACACGACGGCUUUGCCAGGUUCUACUGGAAACAUGACGAACAAUUGCAUCCUUUGAGGAGGAAAAAAGGAAAAGGUGAAGACGCACAUGCUCCCAUGGAAAGAACAAGAUAUGCAUAUGAGAAGUAUC